AUGGAGACAGUCUUCAGUGUCCUGGGCUUUGAGUGGCUGGACUUCAGGAGUGUUUUGGUAUUUCUGUGUGUUUUUCUGUUGCUGACUGAUGUUUGGAAGAACAGAGUACCGACAAACUUUCCUCCCGGACCCUGGGCUCUUCCUUUCAUCGGUGAUCUUCAUCGCAUCGACGCCGACAGACUCCACCUGCAGUUCAGAGAGUUUUCAGAGAAAUACGGGAACGUUUUCAGCCUCCGUCUCUUUGGAUCGAGGAUUGUGGUCAUUAAUAGCUACAAGCUUGUGAGAGAGGCGCUGGUCCAGAACGGAGAGGACUUCGUAGAUCGACCCAGCAUACCGUUGUUUGAAGAAUUAGUUGGGAAUAAAGGUCUCGUGUUGUCGAAUGGCAAUCUGUGGAAGCAGCAGAGGAGAUUUGCUCUUCAUACACUCAGAAACUUUGGGAUUGGCAAGAAGACGCUGGAGCCGUCCAUCCAGCAGGAGUGCCAUUAUCUCACUGAGGCUUUUGCUCUUCAUCAAGGCAAACCUUUUAACACCCAGUCACUGAUAAACAGCGCUGUGUCCAACAUCAUCUGCUGGCUGGUGUUUGGGCAUCGCUUUGAGUACACGGACAAGCAGUUCCAGGGUAUCCUUCAGGACUUCAAUGAGUUAGUGUACUUAGAGGGAGGCAUGUGGGGACAGAUUUACAACAUGUUUCCCUGGCUGAUGAAGCGGCUGCCUGGACCUCACCAGAGGAUAUUCUCUCUGACAGAAAAGGUAUAUGGCUUUGUAGAGAUCAAGAUCAGAGAACACAGAGAAAGUUUCAACCCGUCCUCACCGAGAGACUACAUCGACUGCUUCCUCACAGAGAUGGGAGAGGAUGACAACGAUUCUGGUUUUGAUAUGAAGAAUCUGAGUGUUUGCACUGUGGACCUGUUUGGUGCCGGAACUGAAACGACCACCACUACUUUACACUGGGGACUGUUAUACAUGAUCUACUACCCUCACAUACAAGAGAGAGUCCAGGCAGAGAUAGACACUGUCAUUGGUUCAUCCAGACAACCUUCUAUGUCUGACAGAGAUGACAUGCCCUAUACUAAUGCAGUUAUCCAUGAAAUCCAGAGACUGGGCAACAUCCUUCCCUUAGGUCUGGCCCGCAUGGCAGGCAAGGACACCACGGUCGACAAGUACACAAUCCCAAAGGGCACCAUGAUCGUUCCCUUACUGACGUCAGUUCUGCAUGAUGAGUCGAUGUGGGAAACUCCACACUCCUUCAACCCGCAACAUUUUCUGGACCAGGACGGCAAAUUUAGGAAGAGAGAAGCCUUCUUGCCUUUUUCAGCAGGGAAGCGUGUGUGUCUCGGGGAGCAGCUGGCCAGGAUGGAGUUAUUCCUCUUCUUUACCUCCCUCCUCCAGAGGUUUUCUCUCUCUGCACCUCCUGGAGAGCAGCCCAGUCUGGAGUUCAAGUUAGGAGCGACUCACUGUCCCAAACCUUACCGCCUCUGUGCCGUACCACGAUAAACUGAACCAUUUCACACAGUGGAUCACUCUGUUUCACUACAUUUAUCUUCUAACAUAUCAAAACCUGCUAUAAAGUUAUUUCUGAUCACCUGAGUAAUAUACUAUUUUAAUAUUUUCUUCUACUGAAUUAAUAGGCCAUAUAUUAUCAUUGUGAUUAAAAUAUGCAAUCAAAUAUUUAAUGCAUUCCACCUCACACUGAGUUGAUACUGAGAUUUAAUCUGUCUGUGCUGGUUUGGUCCAUACAAUCCAAAAUGCAUGACAAAUCAUGAUAAAGAUGUUUUGAAAAUCACAUUUCACUCCUGCAGACAGGAUGUUGCCGCCUCUCAUAUUAUCUGGAUGAGAAGUGAGGGAGGCUAGACAACAAAGGGUGUAAUCCAGGAAACGUUACGUAACACUGGUAAUCACAGGCCCUCCAGUGAACUCCUCCAGCUGGGUGUCAACGGUCUACUCAUGCACUGCAUGUUAAGGAGACACGGAGGUCUUCAUAAUCAUUUGAAUUUGAAUCACUUGUCAGCAAUAAGUCAGGGAAUCAGCAGUGCUGUUGGCUACAACUAAAUAUAUAUAAAAAAAAAAUCUAAAUGUAAAAGCAUCUCUUAGUACAUUAUAAUUUAACUGUGCAGGUGAUGGAUUUGUAUGCGGGUGUGUCUGUAACAGAUGUGUUUAGUAGAUCACUGUUUCAUGCUCUCUGCACUUUGCUGCCCGUUACAUUUGAUCCAGUUCAAAGGGUGCAGCAAUGAAACACUUAAGUUCUUAUCAAUAACUAAGGUAGAAGUCACUGCUCACCUCCACCACAUGGUUUUACUUCUAUACUUUGGUGGAGUAAUGUGUUCCAGUAAUACAUUUCUUUUAGCGGUAACAUAGUUCUAAUGUGUGAAGCUUUACUGAUAAUAUCUCAGUAAGAUACUACUGCAGUUAUGUCAUGUACUGCCUUACAAUCUGCUUUACUCUCCAAAGUGAAGCGUUUUUGUUGUUUUUUUGUUGUUUUUUUUAAGAAACCCUCCACACCAACACGACUACAUUAACAUAGGCUGCACGUGUGUUUAAUGUAGCCGAGCCUUUAAGUUCUUUGUUCAGUUUCUGUGUGACUGAAACGAGCCGUCUUUUGUUGCCUCAAUGUUGAAGCCUAAUCCUCUUAGCACACUUUAAUUUACAUUCUUGUGUCACAUGUGCCCAUGUAUUCCUUGCUUUGUGUACUAUAAUAAAAAUGUAUAGAAAAAAGA